AAAAUUGCGUAUGAACUACUACAAAUACCACAGCGAAGAAGAAAAGGAAUAGCAUUGUGGGUAAUAGUGUGUUUUCAACCUGAUGUCAUGAACCUAGUAGUAAAAUAUUACGUUGUCCGUGUGUCUUUGCUGCAACCGCUGUUUGGCUUAGCUAAAAGCCUGAAAUCAAAGAUGGAUUUUCCUGAAGACUUCAAUCAGUUGGAGCUGCUGAACUCACAUGGACACCUGAUCCCACGUGGAGCCAACAGCAUGUGGACAGAGAGUACGGAGCAGGAAGAUGGAGAGAUGGAGGAGGAAACGGAGGAAGGGGCCCACAGUGAGGAGUGGUAUCUUCAGAAGGAGGGAGCUCUUAUAGAGAACCCAUCUGAGCUUGUUCUGUGGGCAGCAGAACAUAAUCGUCUCUCAACACUCAGGAGGUUGUUGAUAGUUAAUCCGUCGCUGGUUCACGGCUCUGACGAGGACGGUUACACUCCCCUGCACCGUGCAGCCUACAAUGGCCAUAGUGAUGCUGUUUUGAUUUUACUUGCCGCGGGCUCCAAAGUAAACAACCGCACGAUUGACGGCUGGACGCCUCUUCACAGCGCCUGCCGCUGGAGUCGCAUCACUGUGGCCAGUCUGCUCCUGCAGCACGGAGCUGAACUGAAUGCUCAGACCAACGGUGGGCUCACACCGCUACACCUUGCCGCUUCUAACACCGGCUCCUCUAAAAUAGCCUGCGCCCAAACACUGGAACUGCUUCUUUCCCAGCGCCACCUGAAAGCAGGACUCCGCAGUAACUCUGGGGAGACGGCCAGUGAGGUGGCCUCUCGAAGUGGUCCCCUCCACUUCCUGUUUGAGAUGGUAGAAGACUGUGUCAGUGUGGUGCCAGAGACAUGAGUGUGCUGAUACGUUGAGACGAAUGGCCCGUUUGUUCAUCACCGCCUGUUAGCCCAUGGAAAGCACCGUUGCUUCUCACCAUAGUCUCACCAGAGAUAACACAAUGACAUGUGAGUGAACGUCACGUGACUAAAUGUUGAUUAAAUGUCCAGAAUGCCCUCAGUGACACCAUGACCUUGGCAACAUUCACUGACAUUCUUGAUUGUAAUCUGUUAAUGGACUGUUGCAGUUUCUCUACUGCUUCAUUCAUCGCUUACUUCUGAAUUUUAUGUUCAGUGAGUCGUGAAUUACAAGUAGCAAACGAUGAGAACCUCAUCUGGAAAAUGUUAAAUGGUGAAAAUCUACCACAUUAAGCAACGGGACUGCAAUUACAGUGAAUACAAGCUAAAUGCCAGUCAAAUUGUUGCUUUCAUUUUGCACAACAGACUGAAAAAGAAAAUAUAAAAUAAUAUAAAAGAAAAGGUAAUACAGGAGUUAAUUUAGGUCUUUGAAUUGCUGAACUUUUUAAUAAUUUUUAUAGACAAUAAGUUCUUUUUGUCUUUGAAGGACAAUUUGACACUAAAAGAAAACAACAGGAAACAUCUUCUAUUCCAUAAUAGGUUUAAAGAAAAGAAAAUAUGGAAAUAUCAAAGUUCCACACUUCAACGACCUCCUCACCUGUUGUGUUUAUGCUCAACCUUCUUCUGAUCAGGCUGUGAUGAGGUAGGCAGUACUCAGAUGUCUUUGAGUAUAAUUGAUGGCAAUUGGUUUAACAUUUAAUUAGCAGCACAAAUUUCCCCUACUUAUUAUUAUUUUUAUUUUCUGAAGAUCAGUCCUAAUGAUGUCUGUACAUUGCAUUCCAAGAUGCUUUAAGAAGAUUUUCCUCACACACAGGCUCAAUUGAUGGAUGUAAAUGUUUUCAGUCAGAGAAAAACAUCAACAAUAUGGAUUUAUUAUUAUGUAAAAAUCUAUACUUAAUAGUUAUAAAAGUCAGGAUGGGUUGGGGGCUCCUUUUAGAUUAAUGUCACUGUGAAAUGUUUUAGUACAUUGGUCUUUCUUGUAAUGACACUGAUGACAUAAAGACACACAAUCAUUCACGCUCUUGCAGUAUCUGUGGCCCUUGCAAUGUAUCACAUCAACACAAUUCUACUUGCACUGUCAAACAAGCCAUAUCCUUGCUGUAAGUCAGUGGUUCACAGACUUUUUUUUCUCUGCCUGUUUUUUCAUGCUUGAAUGACCAAAACACACAUACAUGUAGCCUGUGUAUUUAUUAAAUAAAAUGUCUUUUUAAUUUGAAA